GGAUCCGUCCAAUAUGAAUUGCCACGGCCCGCCGCCCUUAGUUUCCUUCCAUUUCCAUCGUCGCGCGUUUCUCGUAUUCUUCAGACGAUUUCGCUCUCUUCCAUCGCCCUCACUUUCCUGGUCUGCUCAAAGUAGCCAUUGUUGACGCUUUUAAAGCUUGAAGGUCGAUCGAAAUGACGGAAGACAAGCGGAAUAUUCUUGACCAUUAUCGACGACAGCUUGCUGCGAAGUUUGAGUUGAAACGGAAGCUUUACAAAGCCGUUUGCAACGAUCCGAGUCUUCCCAACGAUGUGCGUGAAGAGCAUCGUUAUAAGCUGUCGAAGUUGCCAAGAAAUAGUUCGUUCACUCGAUUGAGGAAUCGCUGCAUUUUCACCGGUCGGCCUAGGGGUGUCUACCAGCUUUUCCGUGUUUCUCGUAUCGUUUUCCGUGAUCUGGCGUCCAAAGGUCUUAUAAUGGGCGUCAAGAAAUCUUCUUGGUAGAUAUUGGUUGAUGGUAGAGACUUUUGUCGUUGGGGAUCAAUGAAUGUUGUGGGGUUGUGCUAAUUGGAAGUUCCUUGCACAUGAUUCAUGCCUGUUUACGCGUAUGACCAAAGAAGAGUUAAGGCUUUACUUUUGUUAUUCAAUAAAGGUUUUCUGUUAACUGUUACUAGUGUUGUUAUACUA